AUGGCUGCCACGCAAACGAUUACAGUCCCCCACCUGGGCGGCGUCAAGGCCGGAUACGCCUUCGCCAAGGGCCAAUACGAUCCCUCCAAGCCAACAUGCGUGCUCAUUAACUCCAUGUGUAUGACCGUGUCUCUGUACCACGACCAGUUCACCAACGAUGCCCUGAACGACGCCAUGAACCUCUUGGCCAUUGAGCCGCUCGGCCAUGGCGCGACCAGUUCCCCAUCCGAGCACUUUACCUACUGGGAUUCUGCCCACAUGGCCUUGCAGGUCAUGGACCACUUUGGGAUUCAGAAAUCCUUCGCUCUAGGCACAAGUCAGGGCGGGUGGAUCGUGACUCGGAUGGCCCUUCUAGCCCCAGACCGGAUUGUCGGUCUGAUGCCUCUGGGAACGUCGAUGGACUAUGAAUCCCCGGAAUCGCGAUCCAAGCAAUGCUGGGACCCCGCGGCGAAUCUGACGGUGUUUUAUGAGAAGUGGACUAGUCCCUCGGCUACACCCGAUUUUGUGGUGGAUGAUGUCUGGUGUGGAUUGGUCGGUGGGAUUGGCUUUGGUGCCGCUGCCACCGCCGAGCGAUCCGCCUUCUGGACGCAGACUUUGAAAGACGUCUACCAGGGCGACGAGGGCCGGAAAAAGGUCCGCAUGGCGCUCAAUUGCCUGCUGGAGAGGGACGGGCUGCUGCUUCGUAUCGGUGAUAUCAAAUGCCCUGUUCAUUGGCUGCAGGGCACCGAAGAUGUUCCGUUCUCGACGAUCGUGCCGGCGGAGCACAUCACGCGUUUCACCUCGUCGGUGGAUGCGAAACUCGUGAUGAUCGAGGGCGGCGCGCAUUAUCUGAAUGCUACUAACCCCAAAGAAGUAAACGAGGCCUUGUUGGCGAUGGUCCAGACAUACGGCUCGACGGCGUAG